AUGGAAAGGCUACGCAGCAAUAUGUGGUCUGCUGAAACGCUUUGCAGGGGUAUCUUUCAUGUUGCAGAGCAGCCAACGCAGGGUAUGGAUGCAGCUGCAGUUGAAGAGGCUAUGAAGCGGGAGCUGAAUGACUUGGAUCCGGACGUCUCUGAUGAGAUUCUCCGGAAGGCUGGCUUCCAGUGGCAGGCCUUCCCAGUGCAGCCGGAGGGGGAGCACAUUGAACAAGAAGAGACUCAGCCUGGUGACAUCCCUGGCCUUUCCAUAGGAUUGCCGCAGGUUCAACACCAAGAGGUUCAGCCGGGUGGUGCUGAGAUGGAACAGCCAGGCACCCCUACCUCCUGCAUGAGACUUUUGGGAAAUGAAGGGAACGAGAUUGAGAUGUCCGACGGUGAAGAGGUUACAGCUACGUUGGUAGACCCUUACGGUGACAACGCAUCGAUGGACUACCUUGAUCAGGAUUCCCAUUGUGAUGAUGAUAGCUAUUUUGCUGACUUAGCCUGUGCAAUGUCAUCAAUACACAUGGAUUUGGACGAGAAGCCAGAACCUGAACGCAAGGCCACUAGGUAA